AUGUCAACUUCUAAAUCUAUAAUUGAUGAGACUUACAUCAAUGUUCAUUUGAAGGGAGGUAAUCUCCAUUCUGAACUUCUACACAUUGAAGCUUCUUUCAACAAAGGAUAAUUUAAGGGAUAAUCUAUUCCUUUAAGAUGUCAAUGGUUUAAUAUCACAAAAGAUAAAGAUUUUGUAGAAAUAGAGGAUGUAUCAGGAUAAUUUUAUCAACCUUGUAUACUAGAUAUUGAUACCAAAAUUAUGGUUUAAGCCAUACCAAUUUUGGAUUUUGACUAUAAUGGAAUGCCUUUAAUGGCAGAAACAAAUUUUUUACAAGCAGAUUCAAAAAUUUUCGAUUUAGUUAACUAAGCAUUUAAUGAAGGAGAGAUGUAAUUAAAUUGUAAAUUAGAAAAUAUCUAAGCACAAGACAAUCAAUCCUUUAACGAUCUUAAUUUACCUUCAAUAUGCACUUUAAUUGCAAAUGAAAAUGGAUUGAUAUUGAAAACUGAUUAAAAUAAGACAAUUGUGAAUAUUGACAAAUAUGAAUUGAAGAUCAUUAAGAAAAAUAACAAUUAGAUUGAGAUCUUUAAUUAAAAUAUAAAAUUAUUGGCAGCCGUAACAAACAAUAUAGUUCGUGAUGCCAUUUUUUAAUUUAGCAAAACCUUAAAAUCAAAAAAGACUCAUCUAAGUGACACAGCGUAAUUGUAUGUUAUCCUCUCUGAUUAAGAAUAAAAGAUAGCUUAAAAGGACAACGAGAUUUCUUCAUUAUUAGACUUUAAGCAAAAAUUGACAAAGAAUCUGAGCGAAUUAUAAUAAUAAUACAACUUAAAUAUCAAAAAGAUGGAAUAAAUUGAUAAAUAGUUAGCACAAUAAAGUUAGGUAAUAAUAAAUAAGGACAAGGAAAUACUAAAUUUAAAAUAAUAGAUUGAUAAACUAGAUGGAAAGACAUAAAUUUAUAUAUAAGAAAUUAAAGUUCUAAAGAGUUAAGUAAUUUUAUUAGAAAAUACUAAUAAAAAAUACUAGCAUGAGAUUGAAGAAUUAAAAAAGAAUUAAAACUAAAAUUAAGACGAAAUAAGAGAAAUGUUUUACAAAGAAAAGUUAGAAAGUUUGAAAUAGCAAAAUGAUAAAUGCAUAAAGGAAAAUCAGUAAUGGCAACUAAUAAAUGAUUAAUUAAUGAAAGAAAUAAAGAAGCUUGAAAGCAAUAGUACUUUUUACAUUGAAGAGAAAGAAUUAAUUUAAAAUGAAUUAAAUAGUUUAAAAAAGAAGUAUGAAAGCUUAUUAUAAGAAAUGGAACUCAAUUAAAAGAAAGAGAAAUCAGAGAUUUCUUCAGAAAGUGAUGUUCAAUCAAACAAGCAAUCCGAAAUUAUAAUCUGCAAUCCAAUUGUAUAGAAUAACAAUGUAUCUUUGGAAGAGAUAAAAAGAUUGAAAACAACAAUAAAUAAUUUGGAAGCAACAAUUAAAAAUUUGAAAUGUGAUUAUGAACAGGAUAUGCUGAAAUUAACAAAUAAACACUUUUUAAAGAGCAAUACCUCUCAAGAGAUUCAGGUGUUGUAAAAAUUAGCUAAUUCUUUGGCUGAGAGUUUGACAGAUAAGGAAUAAGCUUUAUAAACUUAGAGAAAUAUUAAUCGAGAACUACUGAAUAAAAUAUCUGAAUUCACAAAGUGA